AUGGAAGAAGAGGAAGAUAUGUGUAUUAAGAAUAUAAACAAAAAUGAUGGAUUGAUGCGGCAAAGUGUAGAUAAUAACAAAGAUAAAGAGAUGGCUAGAAGAGAUGAAAAUGUGAUUAGCAAAAAUGUUAGUAACAAUAAAAGCAAAGCAUUUAAAGAAGAUCCGAAGCCUGCUGCACCAAAUCGUGAUAUAAGUUUAAUCGACAUAUUUUGGAGUAAUAUCGAGAGUGGCAAUUUUAAUCAAGUUGGAUUAGAGAAGAAAAACGCUGAAAAAAGUGAUAUUGAAAGUAAUGAGUCAAUUGGUGAGGUGGAUGAUCGAGGAUUGGAUGACUUGGAAGCUAAAGUUAACUAG